AUGUUGUCUACACUUGAUAAGUCGAUAAAUCAUGCUAAAUUGUUAAUUGACGCUUAUAGCUUUGAUAAACCUUUGAUAAUUGGUGUUUCGGGUCCUCAAGGUUCUGGUAAACUGUAUUUAGCUGAACAUUUAACAAAUGAAUUAACAAAACAGUACGGUGAUAAAAAUAUUAUACAAUUUUCAAUUGAUGAUUAUUACUUAACAAAAAGCGCACAGGAUGAAAUAAAUAGCAAAUAUAAAGAUAAUGCAUUAUUACAAGGUAGAGGAUUACCAGGAACUCAUGAUCUACCAUUGUUAGCUCAAACUUUUAAUAAAAUAGUUUGUAAUUAUAAAAAGCCAUGGGAAAUUAUACAAAUUCCAAGCUACGACAAGUCAGCAUAUAAUGGACUUGGAGAUAGGUCAAAUAAUAGUCAAGAGAUAACUAAACCAGUAGAUAUAGUCAUUUUUGAAGGUUGGUUUUUAGGAUAUACUUCAAUUGAAACACAAUUAAUCAAUGUUAAAUAUUUCACGAAUCCAGAAACAUUAAUGAUACAUAAGCUAUACAAUUUACAACAAAUCAAUGAGAAUCUUCAACAAUACCAUAAAAUAUGGUCACAUAUAAGUAACUUUAUCAUUAUAAAUACUAAUGAUAUUUCAAAUGUUUUUAAAUGGAGAUUAGAACAAGAACAUAACCUAAUUAAACGAAAAAAAAUAGGUAUGAAUGAUACACAAGUAAAACAAUUCAUUAACAGAUAUAUGCCGUUAUAUAUCCUCUAUUACAGAACACUCAUACUGGAUUCAUCAUCGUCUGAUUUAAUAUUAACUAUCAAUUUACAUAGAAACUUGAUUUGAAAAAUUUUUUUUUUUUGUUUGUUUGUUUGUUUUCGUUUCAAGAAUAAUGUCAAGUUCUUCAAAUUCUUUAACAAAUGAUGAGUUAGCUUUAUAUGAUAGACAAAUUAGAUUAUGGGGAAUGGAUACUCAAUUAAGAUUAAGAAGUACUAAAAUUUUACUCAUAAAUUUAUCAUCAGUUGGUUGUGAAAUUAUUAAAAAUUUAGUAUUGGGAGGUAUUCAAUCGGUUGAAAUACAAGAUAAUUCAAUUAUAAGACAAGAAGAUUUUAUGGGUCAAUUUUAUUUACCUAAUGAUGAUUCAAUAAUCGGAAACCAAAAAAUACCAUACAUGAUUGAUUCAAUUAAAGAAAUGAAUUCAAGGGUUGAAUUAACUACAAACAUUAAUGAAUUGAAUUUAGAUGAUAUUUCAUAUUUUAAAAAGUUUGAUUUAGUUAUUGCUACAGAAUUAAAUAAAUCACAAAUAAUAAAAUUGAAUAAUAUAACUAGAUCACUUAAUGUUCCUCUUUAUUGUUGUGGUAUACAUGGGAAAGAUGGAUAUAUACUAGUUGAUUUAAUUAAACAUGUUCAUACCAAGACUUCAACUUUUAAAAAAUCAGAUAGACCAAGUAUAGGAGAUCCAUAUAAUGAAAAUGCACAUAAGAUAGUGCUUGAUAAAACUCAUGAUAAAGAAGGAUUUGAAGUAUUCAAAUUAGAAGAUACCUUUAGACUGUUUAAGGAUAUUUUUAAUAAUCCACGAUUGCAUAAAAUGGGUAGAACUCAUUUGAAAAGAAUUCGACCUAGUUUGCCGUUAAUUUUAACCUUAUUGGAUAUGGAUAGACCAAUUAAUCCUGAAGAUACUAUUGAUAAAUCAAUAUUAAAAGAGAAACUCAUAGCUCAAUGUAAGCAUUUAAAAUUACCAAUAGAGAAGUAUGUUAUUGAUUCAGCUAUUGAAAAGUUUUCUCGACAAGCAUUUGCAGAAUUUAUGCCUACUAGUGCUAUUAUUGGUGGUUAUGUAGUACAAGAUAUAAUUCAUUUUUUGAGUAAAAAUGAUUUAAUAAUUAAUAAUUUAUUAAUUUAUGAUGCUGAUGAUGUAUCAGCACCAAUAUCACAAAUAUAG